AGUUUCGCGUUAGUCAUGCCGACUUUCAGCUGUGCGUCGCGAGGUAAAUAAUAAAUCCGCGUGGAAACUCGCGAAAAGCCAAUUGAGCUAUUAUUGGAAAACAAUAAAUCGGUGGUCAUAUACAUUUUUCGUAUUUUUCGUACAAAUUUCGUAAUUCAAGUUAAAUGCAAUGCAACAAAAGCCUUAAACGCUCCACAAUUAUAAAUAUUAUUAGCCAAAUGCCGAGUGUGCUUUAAAUAAAGGAAAAUACGCGUAAAAGAAAACAAAAACAAAAUAGUUUUAAUUAUGUCAGAAGAUGUUAUGUUUGUGUGUGUAUAAUACGGUUAAUGUGUGGCUUCAUUGCAGAAGUCAACGCGGUUUAAUGUGUUCCAUGAGCAAUUGGUCGCAGCGAUAUGGAUAAGGCUCCACAAAAUAUUUUAAUUUCGCUUCCAAUCGGUGUAGACCAACAUAACAAUUUAUAGCCCAGAACCUUAGCUGCACUCCGACGGAAUUGAGCACUGCAAGCAGCGCCAACUUACGACAUUGUAACUGCAGCUAAAAGGCAUUCGGCCUCAGACUUGGCGAAGGUUCAAAAACCCCACCGAUCGAACAAAAUACAACUGAAAUCCAUUGCGGCGAGGAGACUCCGAACAUGUUCGCACACCGUGACUGAGAGACAAUAUGUUGCGAGCGCCAACUGGGAGGCACAGUGCUGCAAGCGCCACAACUCUUAUACGAAGUUCUCGGUGUGCGUUGCCGACUGCCGCGGCGUCCGUAUAAAACGCUUAACGCGGCAACGAAACUGGUCAUUUGGCGUUCGCUUUGUGUGUGUGCGUUUCGCGGCAACGACGUCAGCUCUAGCAGUGAUAGCGCGGCGCUAGCCCAAGGCGGUUACAGUGGCAGCGGUUACCAGUCAUUAUCAGUUAACAAAAGCGCUUGCACAUCGACGCGGCGCAUCAGUUGCUUUAAGCCCCUCGUUCGAGUUGUCGGCGUUGGUUUGCGGUUCCGCUCAACACUUUCGGUGCAUAGUGUGACGCUUUCUGAGAUUUAACGCGCGUUUGUGACAAUUUAUUACAGAGACACACUCGCAAGCGCGUCAAGAGACCCUCGUAGGUGCAACUAACGCUUCGUGAUAUUUAGCUCAUGGUCGAGACAGACGGCUGUCCAUGCCAACGGCUGUCAACUCGUAAUCGGUGUUAGCCAAAUUUAUUGAAUUGUGAUACGCGCGCGUGUGUGUAUUAGUGAAUUUAUGAUAUUCAACUUUGAGCAGCGCUUUUCGGAACCACAAAGUGUAAACAUUAUCGAAUAGGAAAUCGCGGGUGCUCAUAUUUGUUCAAAGAAGUAUUGACCUAGAGCUGUUGAUAUUCUAUAUCCUAUUCUCCGUCACACACCUGAAUUGCGGUUAUCUUAUCUGUGGGUGCGUUUGCGUAGACCCAUAAUUAAAGCGUUUGCCAGCGGGAGCGCGUGAACGUGCGAGCGUGUGAAAACCAAAACUUUCGCGGCUAAAAGCGCGCGAUCAAGCGUUUUUCUGUGCGGCGGUCGCUGUUAUCAGCUGCUUCUCAGCGUUCUCUGUGUGGCGCUGGUGCGCGCGAGUGCUCCGUGUCGUAUGAGUAAGGCCGUUCCAGUUGGACUUAACUGCCGCGUAAAGCUUCGUUAAAUUUCACUCUGUUUGUGGAAUUUGUUGCGUGAAUUCUUUCUAAAGUGAUAACAUAAAAGUAAAAGGGAGAGCGAUAAACAAUUUCAGUUCGGUGCAAUCAGAUGAAGAGAACUUGUUGGUUGUUAGUAUUGGUGAUAACAGCACCCAGAACGAUUCUAAUCAGAACAAUAACAACAUCAAUUACAACAAUACCACGCUAAUAAGCAACAGUUGCAGUAGCUCCAACAACAACACACUCAUAAAUCUCUAUGAUAAUCAUUGCGGCGACGGUGACAGCAACAGUAAGACCAACCGCCAUAUAGUUAGCAGCAAUAAGACGCGCUGCGACAAGCACAACAACAACGCUGCCAAUACAUUCCGUCAACUGCAGGAGCAACAGACGCACGUUGGACGUGUUACUGGCUGUUGUGCCACGUGUUGUCGUCUAGAAAGCGACAAUAAAAGCGACAAAGUCAACCGCAUUAGCAGCAGCAGUAGUAACAACAACAACAGGAAUAUUAAUAACAGUAGUAAUAUUAACGGCAGCAACAGCAGAAACAGCAACAGAAGGAAAAUGCGCCGCAAUGUGAAAUUCAUUGUUUUUGUAAGCAUCAUUUGGAUAUUCGUCAUGGUUUACUACUUCCAGUCCAGCACGGAAAAGGUGGAGAACCGCGCGCUACGCCUACGCGAAGUGGCCACCGCUAUGCAGCAGUACCAGGACGAGCCCUUCCCCUCGGCCGCCUCCGCGCACGAUGGCAGUAGCAGUCAGAGUUUUGGAGGCGCCGCACAUGACAUCAAUAGGCUGCACCCGCUAGGCGUUGGCAUUAAUGAGGGCACCGAUGAAGAACCCGGCGGCGGUGGUGGAGGUAACAUUAUAAUUAUCGGCACUGGACCCGCUUUUCAAUCGCGCAUCGGUGGACUCGGCCUGCAUGCAUAUGGCGCGGCGGGUGGCGCAGCAGACCUGGACCAGGACACACUGCGGCUAAAUGGCAAUAGUGUGUUCAGCAGUAGUAGUGGUGCAGGCGGCGCAGCUGUGGUGGCCAGCGCCACCGGUGCACAUGGCUCGCUGACAGCGUCGAAUGGUCGCAGCGCUGGCGACUGGGAGUACUUCGACGAGGCGGGCUACAUAAAGGGCGGUGCGCUGCGUACCGGCGAGGAUCCCUACAUACGUAAUCGUUUCAACCAGGAGGCCAGUGACGCGCUGCCGAGCAAUCGCGAUAUUCCAGAUACCCGAAAUCCAAUGUGUCGCAAUAAAAAGUAUCGUGAGGACCUGCCGGAGACGAGCGUCAUUAUAACAUUCCACAACGAGGCUCGCUCGACGCUGCUCCGCACAAUAGUCAGUGUGCUAAACCGAAGUCCGGAGCAUUUGAUUCGGGAGAUUAUUCUAGUCGACGAUUUUAGUGACCACCCGGAGGAUGGCCUGGAGUUGGCCAAAAUCGACAAGGUGCGCAUAUUACGCAACAAAAAGCGUGAGGGUCUUGUGCGUUCGCGUGUACGUGGCGCAGACGCAGCCGUUGCCGGUGUGCUCACUUUUCUCGACAGUCACGUGGAGUGCAAUGAAAAGUGGCUGGAGCCGCUCCUGGAGCGCGUUCGCGAGGACCCGACACGUGUCGUCUGUCCGGUCAUCGAUGUCAUUAGCAUGGACAACUUUCAGUAUAUUGGCGCAUCGGCAGACUUGCGUGGUGGCUUCGAUUGGAAUUUGAUUUUCAAAUGGGAGUACUUGAGUGCGUCUGACCGAGCAACGCGGCAAAACGAUCCGACCACUGCCAUACGCACGCCCAUGAUAGCAGGCGGGCUCUUCGUCAUCGACAAGGCGUACUUUAACAAGCUCGGCAAGUAUGACAUGAAAAUGGAUGUGUGGGGCGGAGAGAACCUCGAGAUCUCCUUCCGCGUGUGGCAGUGUGGCGGCAGCUUGGAGAUAAUACCCUGCAGUCGGGUGGGACACGUAUUCCGCAAACGGCAUCCGUAUACCUUCCCUGGUGGAAGCGGCAAUGUGUUCGCGCGGAACACGAGACGCGCCGCGGAAGUCUGGAUGGACGAUUACAAGCAGUACUACUACGCUGCAGUUCCGCUAGCUAAGAACAUCGCUUAUGGCAACAUCGAGGACCGAUUGGCGCUGAAGGAAAAAUUGCAGUGUAAGCCAUUCAAGUGGUAUCUGGAGAAUGUCUAUCCUGACCUGCAAGUGCCGGAGUCAUUUGAAUUCGGUCAAUUUAAGCAAGGACUCACCGACUGCUUGGACACCAUGGGCAAUUUGGUGGAUGGCACAGUUGGCCUCUUCCAGUGCCACAAUACUGGCGGUAAUCAAGAGUGGGCCUACACGAAACAGGGCCAAAUCAAGCACGACGAUCUCUGUCUGACGCUGGUGCAGUUUGCACGCGGCUCCGAAGUGGUGAUGAAGGAGUGUGAUAGCUCCGAGAAUCAGCGCUGGACCCUGCGCGAAGGUGGCUUCUUAAGGCACAAUAAACUCAACGUUUGUCUCGACUCACGUGAUCAGCACGAGCAUGGUGUGACCGCACAGCGCUGCAACUCAGCGUUGGAGACGCAGCGCUGGAAGUUCGUGGCGAACGGCAAGUAUGCGUGAGAUGAGGCUGCGACAGUCUCAGCGAGGAUGACGAUGAUGACGUUGACGGCGACUUCAGAAACGAAAACGGAAGCGGAAACAGAAACACAGGUGGAAGCAGAUGCAUCGGAUGUGUCGAUGAAAGACUAAACGGGGAUCUCACUCUUUACACGACUACCUACUCACAUAUAUAUAUGUAUAUACACAACCACAGCUAACACGACUGCAGGAACUAUUGCUACAACAAUAACUGCUGCCACCAAUUAAAGCAAAAGAUUAAGUACUGGCGCGGAGCGUUUAGCCAAACCGCCACAAAUACAUACACUCUCACACUGACCACUACGAGAAGGCCAAACGAAAGGACAUUAAGUAAUCAAACGGACAGUCGGCUACCAAUUAAAUAGAGCUUCAAGGCUUGCCAAGGGUUGGGGGAACGAUAAGUACACACGAGGGUAAUGAUCAUUUUCUGACUACUCAAGUAAUGAAGAAUAGUAAGCGGAUACAAUUAAGCGUAAACGAGUAAACAAGAGCAAGAGUGAUAUUAAAAAAUUAAUGGAUCAUUGGCACAGCAGCUAUCAGCAUACAAGGCAAAUGCAGAAGGAAGAGAGGAAUAACAACGGCUACAGAUGCCAACUGCCACAUAAACUUGUAUGAAGAUGAACAUUUGUUAGUUAAAUUUACACGAGACGUGGGGGAAGAGGAGGCAAGGUCUCGCAACACGACGAUCUGGCAGCCAGCACUGCCGACAGCUGGCUUAUUUAUGAAACAUAAAUUCAGUCGAGGUAGUCACGCUGUUGCAUGCAACGUGGACGAUAACAAGUAAUUUCGAAAAAGUGAGGUACUUUAGAGUUGUUGAGGUGGAAUUAAAUAUUUAGACUGAUUUUUUUAUGUUUCUUAACCAUAAAGUUUCCUUCAUGAAUUUACACUGCGCACUUUUUGCAUUCCAAAUGACAAGCAAUUUAUUUUCGAUUGCAACGCACCCUCUCUACAACUUGAAAAACACAUUCUACACACUCACACACGCACAUCAGUUCAAAAAUAACGCUCCAUCACACACCACUACAAAUUAAUAUAGAUAUACCUGAAAGUCGCCCUGACUUUUGGACAGAGAAAAACUCUUUGCAAACUGCUUUUCUAAAUUUCGAAUUCUUCUCACAGUUAUUGUCAUUGUUGUUGCACUGCAGUAACAUUCUUUUCACCUCGUCCACCUGCCACUUGCUUCCUUGCUGGUAUAUGUGCCCUUCCACAAAUCCACAACGUCAAUUAUCCAAAUUGAUACAUCGUUUGGGUUUCUAAGAAAAUUGUUGUUCAAAAUGUUAUUGCUUUUUAGUUUAAUCUUACACUCACACCAGCUCACGAAUAAUCCCAUCAUACAAACCAACAACAUAAAAAAAUUUAAAUAAAAUGAUAGAAAAAACGUUACCAAAAGUUUAAAGUAAAAGUGUUGAAGAGAAACAAAGAUUUGUCACUAGAUAAGCAUCAAUUAAUUGCAGAUUAUAUUUGAGAAUGUAUUGUAAAUAAAACAUAAUUAUUUUAAAUAAAUGUUAUUUAUAUUGAGAAAUGAAAA